CAGACUCUUUAAAUCGCGUGCCAUGUCCACAUCACCAGAGGCUCCGACGCUGAAGCCGUUCAGGCUGGCGCUCGUCCAGCUCGGUCAGGUCACGUCGGAUACGAAGAGCAACCUGGCGCAUGCGAGGGAUAUGAUCAGCAAGGCCGCGUCUGGCCAGGGGUCCAAGAAGCCUGACUUGGUCGUCUUGCCGGAGUGUUUCAAUUCACCGUACGGCGCCAAGCACUUCCCAGUCUUUGCCGAGACGAUAGGCUACACCCCGGGACAGCCCUACGAUGUCUCCAAAAGCGAGAGCGGCAGCGUCAAGAUGCUUUCAGAAGCCGCCAAGGAAGAGGGCGUCUGGCUGAUCGGCGGCUCGAUACCGGAGCGUGAUGCCACCGACAGCAAAAAGCUCUACAACACCUGCACUGUCUACUCUCCAAAAGGUGACCUGGUCGCGCUGCACCGCAAGCUCCAUCUCUUCGACAUUGACAUUCCCGGCAAGAUCACUUUCAAGGAAAGCGAAAUACUCAGUGCCGGGACGACCAUGAACAUGUUCGACACCGACUUUGCGCGCAUAGGUCUGGGCAUCUGCUACGACGUGCGCUUUCCCGAGUUGGCCAUGAUUGCGGCACGCAGGGGCUGUCAUGCUAUUAUCUACCCGUCCGCAUUUAACCUAACCACGGGCCCGUUACAUUGGGAGCUGCUGCAGCGUGCUCGUGCCGUGGACAAUCAGAUCUUUGUGUCGAUGUGCAGUCCUGCCCGGGAUAUGUCCGCAGAGUACCAUGCUUGGGGCCACUCGAUGGUCGUAGAUCCCAUGGCGACCGUGCUCGCCGAGGCCGGGCACGAGGAGGAGAUUAUCUACGUCGACAUCGACCCGGCGGUGUUCCACUCCGCGCGCGCGGGCAUCCCGGUCACGACGCAGCGCCGCUUCGAUGUGUAUCCAGACGUGAGCGAGGCGGCUGCAUGAGUGCGACUACUGGUAUCUCAGAUUGGCGCCGCGAUGGGAUGGGAUUCAGAGGUUUCUAGCGCAUUCGGAGGGCUCGAUUGAUACUCAUCUUCCGCGUAUACAAAGAAAUCGAACAGAAGGAAACCGAGCACCAUGCAUUGCAGAUAUCAUCCAAUGAUUUAUGUAUCAUUAGCAAGC